GAAGCAAUGAUGACCAAGGGGUACCAGGCUCUCCACGACCACAUUGCGACUGCAACGGAGCGCGCUCUUGGCAAGCCACUCCCUCGAAUGGAGGUGACCUUCGAAAACUUAUCCGUCACGGCCGAUAUCGUCGUGAAAGACGAAACGCAGCUCGAGACGGAGCUCCCCACGAUCUUCACCGUCGCCAAGAGC